AUAUAUGUAUAGCGUUGUCGACAUGUGUGGUGCUUUACACAGUAACAAACAGGAGGACGGGUCACUGUCCGCAGGAUCCUAUGGCUUCAAAUUCUACAUGGGAGGCAAUGGAGAGGGAAGGAUGGUGAAGUUUUGGGGGAGGAUUUUAAUUUUAAUCCCAAACUUCGCUUCAGUAGGGGAUGAGGAUUAAGGGGUUGUGGAAAAGAUUUCAUGGAAAAGUUAAGUUUUGUAGAGCAGCUUGUGCAAAGAGAUAGAGAGACAUUGGUAUAAUGUGGGUGUUCAAGAAUGGAAGGGAGAAAGUGUAGUCACUUGAGGAUGUAGGAGAUUUGCUUUAGUUUGUGAACCUAACUGGUGGCAGCAGUGGAGACAACAGUCCACGGUGCUAAACAGCUUUCGAUCCAUAAAACUCAAAAGUACAGAGCCAUUUCUCAUUUUUAGAGAAAAGAAGCCAUGGGAGCAAAUGCCUUAUGAACCACAGCGAAAGAAAAGAAGAAGGCGGAAUGUGAACUGCCUGAAGAACACAGUGAUCUGGUAUGAAGACCACAAGAACCGCUGCCCUUAUGAGCCCCACCUCUCGGAGUUGGACCCCACCUUUGGGAUGUACACAACAGCUGUAUGGCAAUGUGAAGCAGGACACCGCUAUUUCCAGGACCUGCACUCCCCGCUUAAGCCCCUCAGUGACUCUGAAAAUGAGUGUGACAAUGCAGUUGUGAACGGCACAGGGGCUGGAAGUUCAGGGUCCUCGGAUGAGAAUUCCGGCUCUGAGUCAGAGGAACAGCCGGAGAGCCGGAAGGCCAAGCCCCAGGCGCAGCAGCCACCAGCAGAUGUGGCAGGCGAGAGUGCUAGUGGGCUCAUCACUCAGGAUGGCAUCCACAUUCCAUUUGAGCACCAUAUUGAGAACCUGACUGCAGAGCAGGGGACUGGCAUGUGCCACAACCCACCCCUCAGUGGCCCAGAGACUAUGGAGACUGUGGUGUGUGUGCCAGUGCCUGUGCAGAUGAGUUCAGGCCAUGGGACUCUGUUUGAGAACGUGACGCAAGAGACACUUGGUGAAGUGGUGGCCAGCUGCCCUGUGCAGGGUGUGAUGCAAGGUUCACAGGUGAUCAUAAUUGCUGGGCCCGGCUAUGAUGCUCUCACAGCUGAGGGGAUCCAGCUGAACGUCACCAGUACGGGAGGGGAGGAGCUGCCCUGUGCCAUGAUUGAGGGUGUGGCAGCUUACGCUCAGGCGGAUGCUGAGAAUGGACAGCCUGGUAGCAUGGAAGACAUGGAAUACAUCGAAACCAAAAAAGAAAAUGAGCUUUUUGAACUCAAAAAAGAGGAGCCACAGCCCCCUACAGAAAUAGAGACACCAUGUGACCCAGAGCCAGCCCAUGAGAGUGAGGGGCCAGAGCCUGAGCCUGAAGAGGAGACAGAUGGCAACAACAUGUCGUCCAUUAUCUACGAGAUUCCAAAGGAACCUGAAAAGAGGAGGCGGAGCAAACGAGGUCGUGUGAUGGAUGCAGAUGGCAUGUUGGAGAUGUUCCACUGUCCCUAUGAAGGAUGCACCCAGGUCUAUGUAGCACUUAGUAGUUUUCAGAAUCAUGUUAACCUUGUUCAUCGGAAAGGAAAGACGAAGGUGUGCCCCCACCCAGGUUGUGGCAAGAAGUUCUACCUGUCCAACCAUCUCCGCAGGCACAUGAUAAUUCACUCAGGAGUUCGUGAGUUUACCUGUGAGACCUGUGGCAAAUCCUUCAAGCGGAAGAACCACCUGGAAGUCCAUCGCCGAAUGCACACAGGAGAGACGCCUCUCCAACUGCAGAGUUUAAAGCAGGACUGUCAACUCAUUAAAAGGUGUGAGAUCUGUGGCUAUCAGUGCCGGCAGCGGGCCUCUCUCAACUGGCAUAUGAAGAAGCAUACCUCAGAAGUCCAGUACAACUUCACUUGUGAGCACUGUGGCAAGCGCUUUGAAAAGCUGGACAGUGUCAAGUUCCACAAGCUAAAAAGCCACCCAGAUCACAAGGCGACUUGAUCCUGAGCACGGACUGCUUUAUUUAUUGCCCCACCAAAGGUCCCAGACCAACUGAGGGCACUUCUUGCACACUCGCCGCUGGAAAUGUGGUGUGUUCUUCCCCCAACAGAAGGAUGCACCCCUCGUGUCAGUGUAAUGGGGGCGAGGGGGGCAGCCUUUUACGAGCCGGUGACAACUGACUUAAAACGUUUUAGUUCUGAUGUGCAAGUGUUGGUGUUCUCAGGGAUUGGGUGGGGAGGGAGUGUCCCAACUGCAUCCAAUCGACCCAUCCUGUCACUGGAGAUGUUUGCUACAGCUGUCCUGUCUCUCUGGUAAUCGGGCCUGCACCUAUAAGUGAGAAGAAUCUUGGCCAGUAUGGUGCUCUCUGCCAAGCAGCACCUUUACUUGUCUAAGUACCUGCUGCUCUGUCUGAGGCCAGAGCACAAUAGGAGGAGCCACUAGCUUUGGAGAGGCUGCCGCCAUGGGAAGUUCUAGGACUGGUUCAUAUGACCAUUUUGUAUCUAAAAACCGUCAUAAUACAAGAUUCCCUUUGACUGAUCUGCAUUUGUUGAUCCAGUCUUGCGAAAGGCCAUAUCUUGCCCCCCCCCCCCCCCCCCCGGCAAAGUUGAACAAAGCGGUGGUGCCAUAAAUCAGCCAAAGCUCUGGUAUUAGGAACUUGCCUCUUCAUCUUCGGGGCUGUUCUGUUGGAAGGCAAGCCAGAGUGGGCCUCUGUAUGUGUGUAUUUGGGUGUCCCAAAGAGUGCAGGCUUGUGGUGGUGGAUGUGUUUAUGUGCACCAACUCUGCUGGAAGCAAGACCCUUUCUCUGUCCUGGGCCUUUGUACCCACCUACCCUUUCUGGCCUGCCAUGUUUGGAAGAGCAGCUACCCUUCUACUUGUCUGGAAAGGCUGCUCUUACUUCAGUAAGCACCCUUUCCUCUGAUAGUGGCUUAAAAACUUGCAGUGCCUUUCAGUAGUUGGUAAAUGGAUAUGGAAGGAAGCCCUCUCCUUCCUACGUAAAACAUGCUCCUGUGCAGCUGGGAAACUCUGCAUCCUGUUUUGCUCUUCCAGUGGCUUCCAAAGUGUAUGCCUGCCUACCAAGAGCGCUUUUCACAAUAACGUAGAUGAGGAAUCCCUCUCUAUCUCCACCUAAACGCCUGUGUGCUGCAGAGGUUUCCGGGCAUGUCCUACAGAGUACAGUUUGUCUAGCUAUGCCUCUUGGGCCGCCUCCUUUGUUGCCAUGUAUGGGCCGAGAGUCCGUCCGGGAAUGUGCCCUGCACUCUGCAACUACACUGCAGAAGGCAGCUGGUAGCUGAGAGCAAGCUGACCUCCAAGCAACCUUGCCUGCCGUUGCGGAUCUUCUCACUGAACACAGCUCGAAAGCCACAGCUCUCUUCCACUUGUGCUAAGUUCUUUGUUUGCCCACCCCAUGAAUGGACUAUGGCCAAGAUCUGUGUGUUCCAUGCAUGGGCAGGUUUGCCUGGCACAGACCCUUGCAUUUGACCUCUGCUUUUUGUUCUUUUUGAAAGCAGGCCUCUAGUGAUCAGGGCUAAAGAAGCUUGAGCAGAUGUUGUGAGGGCUUAGAAAAGUAUAGGAGGGUUCAGAAGGGCUCCGUUGGUCACAGGAAGCUAGAACUACCCUUCUAUAUUCCCCUUUCUGUUACUACUUCCUGCUUUUGUUUCUGUCUAAACUGCUCCAGUUUCCAAACCUCUUCCUGCCUUCUGUCCCUUUCCAUCAUUCAUUUAAAAAGCACACGCACAUGUGUUGUUUUUUUUAAAAUACCUUUAUCUUGGAUGCAGACUGAAGUGCAGAUAUUAUGCUUAAUUUGCAUGCUUUCAUAGUGUUCCAGUUAUGUUCCUUGUCUGUGGAUAGGAGAAGUUGCUGCUGGCUUCUGAAUACUCUUCUUGCACAGUCCUUUUCCUUAGAGUGCUCUAGUUGUUGCUUCUUGCUGUUUCUCUUGUAUGCACAGCUGUAUCCCUUGCUUUCCUGUACUUAACAUGAGUUGGUUGCCUGGGUAUUCACAGACUGACUGGUGUUCUCUAGAGUCAGCACCAUUAUUAUCCUGCCCGUGGGCUUCCCGGAGGCAUCUGGUGGGUCACUGUGUGAAACAGGAUGCUGGACUAGAUAGGCCUUGGGCCUGACCCCUGUUCUUAUGUACCCUCCCUCUGAUAAGUUCCACCAUGAUAACUGCCCCUUGCCAAAUUAUGCGCUCCUGUUCUGCUGAAUCUAGAUUGUGCGUGUCUGUAUGCUACACUUAAAUUUCUUCCGUCAUGGAAAUUAAGGCAGCAUGCAUAGAGUUCCCAGGCGGUCUCCCAUUGAAAGAAUGAUAACUUUCCUGUAGUAGACCAUGAGGAUAGUAGUAAACCAGUUCCCUCUUGCAAUUCAAGUCUAUGUCCAGCAGAUGGAACCAGAGCAACGUCUACUUGGCUAAGCAAAACUACAGUCCAGGACUCGGGCUGAGGGGGGAAAGCCAGCCACACACCCAUUUUGCACAAGGUGGAACACUAUUCCUUUCCUACAGGCUUGGCAUUUGCUGCUGCUGGCCUAACUCUUCCCCCUUCCACUAAGGAAAAUGCCUUUUUCCUGUAGGGGCGACUGAGAGAACACCUACAGGAUCUUUGGGGGUAUGCUUUUCAAAAACACAAACCACCGGUGAGCCCCCUUAUAAAACCCAUUCACUCUGCUCUUGCCUCCUGACUCUUAAAGUUAGUUCUAUGUGCUAGGGCACUAAAUAUUUCAGUCCAUUCUCUCCCCACGCCCCAGACUUCUUUCUAUCCUCUCCCUGAAUGAUGAAAUAUUUUAACUCUGGGAAGCCCUGAGCCAUUGUGUUAGUUUUUUUCAAGAGAUCCUUGGACUGGAAAGCAUCUCUGGCUUUAGACCUCACUUACUUAAUAGGACAGUGUAAAUAGCUUGGGAAGCAUCAGUUCUUCAACGUGGCUACCCUUCAUAGCCCUCUUUCGUGUUUUCAUGUGCUCCUGUCUGAACCAACAUAAGUGAUCAUGGCCUUUCUCCACCUUCCUGAACGAUUCUGCCUUCAGCAACAACCCUGACAAUCUUCCAAAGAAGAACCCAGAGGAACAGAAGAGCUGGUAUGAACAGUACUUUAGAUAGCACCUUUCCUAGAGUGUGUCCAUUAUCCAACAUCCAUUAUCUCUGUAAUCUUUACAACAACUCUGUAAGGCAGGCCAGUACUAUUACUGCUGUAUGAGAGAUUGCUCAGCAGUUUCGUAUCUAAUCUUGCUGUUAGAUGCAGUGUGUGUGUGUUCACUAGGCUAUGCCAACUUCAUCCCAUUUUUUCCAGGGUUAAGGGGACAGACAGGGCCUUUCUUCACUAAAGGUUAUGUGCAAAGCCUUUUCUCUGCGGGGAGGGAGGCUCAUGGUAAGCUUUGCUAAGUAAGCCUGUAAACAAUUCUUUCUCCUCUGUCUGGCUUCACGAUGCCAGUUGAGAGUCUAACCAUUAGGAAUUGCUCUCUUAUGUGGUGUUAUUCCAGUGCUGCUAAGGCCUGCUUUGCGAGCUGAGUUCUUGCUGGUGAGCCGACACGAACUGAUAUUGACAACCAGCAACUCAUUCCCUAAUCCUCUCUCUGUGGCGGUACCAAAAGUUAACCAGCUCCAUCCUACUCCCUAGUCUAGGCUCCUGUGGAGUAUAUUCUUGUAGGGAAGGGAUUAAUAACCCAUGUCUUCGCUCUCUACCCCCCUCAUUCUUUACAUUUGCUUUAAAAGCACCUUGGUGCCUCUCCACUCCCUGCAAAUAGUGCUGAAUAAAUAAUUCACUACCCGACAAGGCCACAUGAAUAAUGCAGGCGUAGGGAACUGCUGCUCUCAUCACCAAGGGCACCUCAAAAGCUGCUCUCCUUUGGCCGCAACCUGAAUUCUCUCCCCCCACCCCCCGUACCCCACCCCCAACCGAGCUGCAGGUGCUUCCUCCUCACCGGUUUGUUACCAGUUAUCAUUCAGGGGAGUUGCCGCUUUUUGUAUGGAAAAGAUGAGGUGGUGGCUUUGAUUUGUGCUUGAGGAGAGGGCAAGGUCUAAUGCUUUCGUGUUACAAAAGCUCUGCUGUGAGGAAGCCGGUGUCUGAUGUGAGCAGGCUACAUGAUACGAAUGGCUAUCCUGCAGAACAAGUUGAAGAGGGUGUAAAUAUGCCCCAUCUCUAGCAGCUCUGUCCUACAGGUAUUGGGUCCAUGGCUCAGGGCCUAGACGGUUUCUUCCUGGGUCGUGCUGGCCGUGCCCUUGUGCGGAUGAGAUACCUUUGGAGUUCUUAUGCUCCUCCACUCCCUGUGCUAUGUAGCUGCAGAGUGCCCAGACUCCCUUUUGCCAAAGAGAGAAGACACCUCAACUCAGUACUCCCUUGGAACACAUCAGCCUACAUUCUGUAAAACUGAAGCCCCUGCUGAUUAAAGGAAGAUUUGAGUUCUCAGUGA